UGAUUUUCGUUCUACUUUGACUCACUCUUUUUUUUUUUUUUUUGAUCUCUUUGCAUUUCGCAGCAGAAGAUGAAGCGCGCGAACGACGAUCAGCCUGAAUCGGAAGCACCGUCCAAGCGCGGACGCGGUGAAGACGACGUCGCUGCUGCUGACGAUGCCGCGCCAGAGCAAGACGCUGCUGCUGCUGCUGCUGCUGCUGGAGCAACGGACGACAAGGACGGCUCAGCCGGUCCCAGCCGCCGCAAGCAGAACAAGCGUGCGUACCUCGACAACAAGAAAAACCGAAAGCUCCGCCAGCAGAAGGAGCGAGCCGCCAAGAAGGCCGAGGAGGGCAUCCCUGCCGAUCCUGCCCAGCGCGCAGAGUACCAUCGCCACCAGCCCAUCGAGAUGACCAACGCUCGAUUCGAGGCGUUCUACAAGGGCCUGUCCCAAAUCAUCCCGGAGAACGAAUGGGAUGCUUUCAUGGAGACGAUUCGCAAGCCGCUGCCGACCUCGUUCCGCAUCACUGGCAAUUCCAAGAAAGCAGCCGAGAUGAAGCGCCUUUUGCACCAGUUUUACUUCCCGUCCAUCGAAACUGUCGAGAUUGCUGGCGAGCGUGUGUCCCGCCCUGAAUGUCUCUCCUUCUACCCCGACGAGCGCGCAUACCAGCUGGACACUUCGCGAAAGAUCUUCCGCAGCCAUCCUGCGCUGAGCGCCUUCCACAAGUUCCUGACCGUUGAAGUCGAGAUGGGCAACUUUUGCCGUCAAGAAGCAGUCAGCAUGAUCCCUCCGCUCUUCCUUGACGUUCAACCUCACCACAAGGUCCUCGACAUGUGCGCUGCACCUGGAUCCAAGACUGGUCAACUCGUGGAAAUGCUUCACCAGAAUGACGAGCUCAUGCCCUCUGGAUUUGUUGUUGCAAACGAUGCAAACUACAAGCGCUGCUACCUGCUGAUUCACCAAACCAAGCGUUUGUGCAGCCCCUCGCUCCUUGUGACCAACCUCGAUGCCUCGCUCUUCCCGACCAUUCUUCCUGGCAACCGCCAGCCCCCAGUGCUGUUUGAUCGCAUUCUGUGCGACGCACCAUGCAGUGGCGACGGUACCAUGCGAAAGAACUUGGAUGUCUGGAAGAAUUGGCGCCCGUCGAGCGGCUCCAACAUGCACCGACUGCAGAUUCGCAUUCUCCGUCGCGCAGUCCAGCUGCUGGAAAUCGGCGGCAUGAUGGUCUACUCGACCUGCUCCAUGCACCCUGGCGAAAAUGAGGCUGUGGUUGCUGCCAUUUUGCAGCAAAUGCCCGGUGCGCUUGAGCUCGUUGACGUCUCGGACAAGCUGCCCGGCCUGAAGCGAAUCCCUGGUCUUCACACCUGGAAGCUCAUGGACGGCGAAGGUAACUGGUACAGCGAUGCCUCCGAAGUUCCGGUCGGUCACAAGGAGAAGCGCGCGUUGCGAGGUUCGCUCUUCCCCCCGCCGCCAGAAGUGGCUGCUGCCUUGCAUUUGGAGCGCUGCGUGCGUGUGACCCCGCAGUUGCAAAACACUGGUGGCUUCUUUAUUGCCCUGCUGCGCAAAACCAGCUCUGUCGUCAAGUUCUUUGCCACUCCUGGUGGCCGGCCUGCUCGUUCUGCCCCUUCUGAUGCCAAGGCUGACGAGGCUGUUGGCGAGGUCAUCCCUGAAGACGCUGUUCCGAUUGUCGGCGAAGACGAGGAGGACGAGGCCGAGGAUGCGGCGGACAAGGCUGCUGCGGCUGCGGCUGUGGCUGGCGACAAUGCCGAUGAUGACGAUGCUGCUGCCCCUGCUGACGAUCAAAAGGAAGUGGCCAUGCAUGUCGAGACCGUUUUCCCCAAGAACACCCGCACCGAGGCUGGAUAUUACUUCCUCACCCCUGAGGAUCCCGUCGUGAAGCUCAUUGUUGAUUACUUUGACAUUUCGCCCGAGUUUGAUGUCACCAAGCUCGCUUCCCGGUCGGAAGCUGGAAAGCGCACCAUCUACCUUGUCAAUGACUCGCUCAAGCAGGUCAUGAACGCCGUCAACGCGUCCAAGCUGAACCUCAUCAUGUCCGGCGUCAAGCUGUUCGAGAAGGCGUCAAGCACCAACGGUCGCUUCCCGUACCGCGUGACGAACGACGGCGUACAGCUGAUUCUUCCCUACCUGCGAAAGCGUGUCGUCCACAUGACCUAUCCCGACGUGCUGGUGAUUGCUAAGGGCGACCGCACUCCCUUCUUUGAUCGCAUGGCACCCUCGACUCGCGAGCAACUGCAAGCUCUGGCUGCUGUUGAACAAGGCGCCGGUGUCUUGGUCUUUGAUCCUCAACUCAACCCGCACCCCGAUAACACCGAAAUCGUCGAGCGGGUCUGCAUUUCUACUUGGAUUGGCAAGGUCUCGCUCAACGUUAUGGUGAGCAAGGAGGAUAUGGCAUCGCUCAAGAAUCUCAUCGUCGUUCCCGACUUGGCUGCUCUUUCUGCUACUGCCGCUACCACCGACUCCACCGCCUCGUCCGAAGCUGCUCCGAUGGAUGUCGUUGCAGAGUAGAACUUGUUGAUUGUCGGUGAUGCUGGGCAACGUGGAACGUCAUCAUUCAAAUAGAAUCGGUUUUCGUAUGGAUGGCUGGGCAUGCUUAUAUUCGGGCAACGUGAUGAGCUCCA